AUGUCUUCCAAGACACGAAGCAAAAAUGCAGGACCGCGACAAUACGCCACUAUCCGAAGCACACGAAGCCGGAAAGCUACGACAUUAACAGACGACGACUCGUUGGAGAUGACCAAGCAGUCCCACGACGUGGCGGAGCGCGAAAUACAGGUUGUUACCGAUAUAUCGGUGCAGGUUGAGGGGGUAUCUAGUGGUACGAGUGUGUGGUCAUCACCGGCGACGAAACCCGAGUGGGUAGAACAGGAAAACACAAAGAAGCAGGGUAGCACAGACACGCUGGUGAAGGAUGUCGGGCAGAUGGCUGUUGCGAUUACACCUGCAGCAUGUCCGGAACUCGCAACUGAGUGGGCACAUCUUGGAACGGAAGCGUUUGCAUACAUGGUUUGA